GAACCGCCCUGCACGCAGCCGGCUGAUGAACACUGUGUUUGUUUAUGAAGUCAUUUUAAAACAUACGCAUUACAACAUUACAACAUUACAUUCUCCUCCGCAUCUUUUCUGGACCUCCUGACAGUUUGCAUCGCAGUGAAGGAGACAGUGUUCAGCGAGAGAACAUGGGAACUACUUUUAUGGACUUUUUCCCGACCGGAGAAGUUGCGUUUGGAGGAGGACACAAACAGAAGCUGAUUUCAUUCAUUAUAAUAUGCAUUUUCUCUUCGGGCGUUGCUGCAGAAGGUUUUGAUGUGGUACAAGUGAAACCCGGAGACGAUGUCACUCUGGGGUGUCUCGCUGGCGAAGGCCACAUCAAAGCUGUGGAGUGGACCAGAACUGACCUGGAGCCAGAGUACGUCCUCUUUUACAGCGACAGACGCUCAGAUCCAACCCAGCAGCAUUCAACCUUUCGGGGCCGGGUGCAGCUGGUGGACGGCGAGCUGAAGGAUAGAAACGUGUCUUUAAUUCUCAAGAACGUGAGCAGCAACGACAGCGGGACGUACGAGUGUCGAGUGUCCCUCGGUGGUUCGACGCGGGUUAAGAAAGCCCUCAUCGAGACUGAGCCGAUCUCGAGCAUCACACUGGAGGUCGCAGACUCAGGGCCCAGGAACGUCGAGGUCGGAAGCCACAUUCGUAUUGGACUGGCAGUGGGUUCUGUUUUGCUUGCUUGUUUGGCUGGAUUGGCUGUUGUUGUUGUCAGGAAAAUGAAGAGGACAUGUGGACCACAGUCAAGCAUCCUGUGACCUUCCCCCUCUGCUCUUCCUCCUGUACACUUAACAGCUGGGAUCAGGUAUCCAAUCACACAGCACCAGCCUCUUUUAAGGAAUCUCCAAUGUUACACAGACGACCUCCAGUUCUACAUCUCUGCCAAAACACCCAAAUCUCCUGUUUACACCUGCCAUAGUUGUUUUUAUACUGAUAUUUUUCUGGAAGUCGUUUUGUUACCGUGUAAAGAUUCUCAAUAAUGGAGCUAACCUGGAUUUAUGGAAACUAUUCUGUCACUUUAACUAGAGCUUUUCUAUCAAGUAGAAUAUAUAUAUAUAAAGCUUCUAGUCCUGCACUGGUUCCCCAUUUCAUUUAGACUACAUUCCAACGUUGUAAUGUUGUAAUUUUAAUAGCUAGUCUGGCUCCAAAGCACUGUUAACUCCUUACAGCCCAGCUAGGCCCUUAAGAGCAGCUCCCACCGACCAGACUGAGAACCAGAGCUGACCCUGCACUGUGCCUUCAGCAGAGCUACGCUUUAAUGUUUACCUUCAGUUAUUUUAUGGCAUUUAUAUGUUUUAACUUCCUGCAGUUAUUCUCUGCUGUUAUGUUUAUGCACUGACUAGAAUAUGAAAUAUAUGUAAAAUAUGUCUGAGUCAUUAAGAAUGAAGAAUUCUAUGAUAACAGUUAUUAGCUUUAACUUUUAAAAGAAUACACUCUAUAUUAACUAAUAAACGUAUUAAUAUUAUUAUUUAAGCCUCAACCUCUUGGAGGCACCAUGACACUUUGAUUGGGCUUUAGUCUUUUAUAUUGUUAAGACUUUUAGCAUUUCUUGUACAAAAGGGAUGCUCUGGAACAAAGUCGUACUUAUGUGCAAUUCUUUAGUGUCUCACAAUGAUGCAAAUGCUGUUUCAGAGGCAAAACUAUCUGUGAUAUACAGCUAUGGAAAAAAUUAAGAGACUACUGCAACAUUAUUGGUGGUUUUUAUACUUUUCCUCAUUAAAUAAGAUUUGGUUCAGGUGAUCACCCACUCAGUACCUCAUUAAGUAGCAUUAGAUGUGCUUGUGUUGGAGUUCAACAGACACUUGAAUGACACGAAGAGAUGCUAAUUUAAGUGGAGUGGUCUCUUAAUGUUUGUCCAGAGCUGUUUAUUCUGAAGAUUUAUUUAAGUAUUAUUAAUGUCUAUACUUGCCUCAACCUCUCGGACGCACUGUGAGUCAUUGGUGCAAAUGCUGAGGCAAAACUAUUUGUGAUAAGUUACCACACAUCAAGCCUUUUAGGGUAUUAUACUAUGCAAACAAGCCUUAAAUAUCAAGUAUAGUGUAUAAUAAUGCAGUUUACAUUCCUGUGUCAACUGUUUAUUGUUCGUUUAUCAGUUAGCCAGUUUAUUUAAUGUUUUUAAUGUGUAUUUACAUUUAUUUUUAUUAUACAGAUAAACUACAUAUUGCCAUUCAGUUGCAUGUUAUUAUUUUUAUUAUUAUUCAUCAAGUCAAGUCCGCUUUAUUGUCAAAUAUGCUAUAUGCACAACAUACAGCAUAGAUGAAAUUUCAGUACCUUAUGUGGGUAUUCAUGUGAUGUUGUUACAUUUAUAUUGUGUUUAUCAAGAAUAUACUUAAAAGAACAUGAAAAUAAAAGCUGUAAAUAAUGAAUAA